AGGUAGAACUGAUUCGAUUCUCUUGGUCUAGUGGCGCGUAAGAUCUCGACGUGCUGGUUUACGUUUGGGUUGCAAAAGCUACUAUGCCGCGUUGAACUUCGACGAAACACCGGGAGGAAAGAAAACUUCGCUUCAAACGGAUGCUGUUGGUACCCGAAAAGAUUUACGUUUCGUCCGUGAUGCGAGAAUUUUCGUCUGUUUCGGUCUGACAGCAGAGGAAAAGCUGAGAAGGAAUGUGGCGUUUAGUUUUUCUUGUGAUCGGCGCUGCGGUGGCCGGGGAAUCGGCACCCGAUUAUGUAGAUUAUCCGGAUAUAUCUACACCCUUGCCUCUUCCUGGCAUGCUAUAUCCACGAGAGAGCGAAUCACGAGAGAUAAAAAGUCUCGAUGGUAUGUGGGAUUUCAUCGUUUUGCCAACGGCAGAUCCAUUGAAGGCCUACAAAGAAGCAUGGUUCGCCAACGAUUUGUCAAAGGUAGGAAAAGUAAUGCAAAUGCCUGUUCCAUCGUCUUACAACGAUAUCACAACCUCGAGAGAUCUUAGAGACCACAUUGGAGCCGUCUGGUACCAACGAACAUUCUUUGUACCUUCUUCUUGGCGAGAACAAAGAGUCUUCGUUAGGUUCGGGUCGGUCAAUUAUCUCGCACAAGUGUGGGUGAAUGGCGGACUGGUGACCAACCACGAAAUGGGUCACUUGCCGUUCGAAGCAGAGAUCUCUUCCUAUUUAAUUUACGGCGGUAAAAAUAGCAUAACAGUGGCGGUGGAUAAUACAUUACUGCAAACAAGCGUGCCGCAAGGAAGAAUUGUCGACACCGACGUUGACAAUGGGACUAUACACACGCAGACUUACACUUUCGAUUUUUUCAAUUACGCGGGUAUUCACAGGCCCGUUUUGCUGCAUACUAAACCACGCGUGUACAUCGAAGAUAUAACGGUGAGGACCGGAUUCGUUGGCGACGUGGGUAUAGUGAAGUACAUAAUUCAACCGGCUGGUUUGCACGAAUACGAAGUUCCGAUCUUCAAAGUGAGGCUACUUGAUGAUACGGAUACUUUAGCUAUAAAGGAGCCGGUCUAUGGAGUUUCUGGUACGCUCAAAGUACCACUUGUUAAACUAUGGUGGUCUAGAGGAAUGGACCCUAACCCUGGGGCCAUGUACACCUUUGAGGUUACGAUGUCCAUCGCAAACGACACCAAAACGGAUGUCUACAGGCUACCGAUCGGCAUCAGGACAUUGCUCUGGACUAACACCAGUUUACUGCUGAACAAUAGACCUCUGUACAUGCGAGGAUUCGGUAGACACGAGGAUUCUAUCAUAAGAGGACGCGGUCUAGACUUGGCCACCGUGGCCAGAGAUCAUGAAUUGCUAAAGUGGGUCGGUGCAAACGCUUACAGGACCAGCCACUAUCCUUACAGCGACGAAGUACUAGACUUAGCCGACAGGCUGGGGUUCCUCAUUAUCGAUGAAUGUCCAUCCGUGGAUACUGAGAACUUUUCACCAGUUCUUCUGGCACGUCACAAGGAGUCCUUAUCCGAACUCAUAAGGAGGGACAAGAAUCGUCCUUCGGUGAUCAUGUGGUCCAUCGCCAACGAGCCUAGAACCCAACUGACGGAUGCUGGAGAAUACUUUAAACAAGUUGCUUAUCAUACGAAAGCACUCGAUCCUACCAGACCGAUUACCAUUGCUAUGGCACGAACAGUUCAGGAAGAUAAAGUUGGUGAAUAUCUUGAUGUGAUUAGCUUUAAUCGAUACAAUGCUUGGUACACCAACCCUGGUCGCCUCGAUACAAUUACAAACAGAGUAAUAGGGGAGGCUGAAGCGUGGCACAGGAAAUACAAUAAGCCCGUGCUCAUGUCAGAGUAUGGAACCGACACUAUGCCUGGAUUACACGAGCUGCCCGAAUACGUAUGGAGCGAAGAAUAUCAAAAAGAAGUAUUUUCUAGACAUUUUGAAGCAUUCGACCAAUUAAGAAACGAAGGUUUUUUCAUUGGUGAAUUCAUUUGGAAUUUUGCUGACUUCCGAACGGCUCAAACAUUCAUCAGAGUGGGUGGCAACAAAAAGGGAAUAUUUACUAGAGACAGGCAACCAAAAAUGGCAGCUUAUCAUGUCAGAAAGAGAUAUCAUGCACUCCAAAAGGAAUUAGAUGGAAUGGAGAUGCCAAUGGAUCUUGAAAAUUAUGUUUCAUCUCGUUACAUUCCACGUUCAGAACUUUAAUAUCUUUUUUAACAAUUUGCAAUGUUUGUUAAUCAGAUUCAAAAGAAAAUUGUCGUUUAUCAAUAAACGUUAUACAAAAAUUAUUUGUUUACUUCUAUCUUCCUUGCAUGUAAUCUUUAGUUUUAC